CCGAGGUGGCAGCACUGCAGUAUCAUGCGGACCAUCAGAGGGAGGAGACGUGCUGGUGCGCUCUCCCCUCACCUCCUUUAGUGUAUAGUUUCCCUUACUACUGUUUCCCGUCCAUUUCCAGUAGAGAGAGAAAGAGGGGGAUUUUAAAUUAAUAUGGACCCCCAGGGAGUUUGAUUUAUCUUCUGUCCUUGUCUGCCGCCCCUUGUGUCUUCAGGGAAUCCACUAUUCUUGAAGUAAUAGAAACACUGAAGAGACUGGUGGACUUCGAGUACUGUAUCCAAAAAAUGUGGUGGCGACGGGGAACCAGGAUGCCGCUGCCUGGCGUGAGGCUGUCCCCGGCGUCCCUGUGUGUGUGUGUGCUGCUGAUGGUGUCCCUGGCGGUGGCGGCGGUCCUCGUCCAGGCAGGGCUGUGUGGCGGCGGCGCGUGGGUGGGGUGUGUUCCCGGUCGUGGCUUGGGGGGCGGUCAUAUGUUCGGGUGGCGUGGGAAGAAGUCUCUCAGCCAAGGGUCGCCGCCCGUGGGUGUGGAGGCCCUGGUGCAGCUUAGAAGAGACAUUGCCCGCACACUGCUCGUCUUGGCUACUGAUUUGCGCACUGGGCGAACGGAGGGCGUGGCAGAUCAACUGGAAGCAACUGCCUCUUUCCUGGACCCGCGCUACCACCACCAAGGGCCACCAUGGAGCCCCCCGACCAUCACCCGCCCCGCCUUCUCCCCCCCGCCCCUCAACACGCCCCUCAAGCACCCGCGCAACCUCAGUGGGGAGCCGCGGGACGUGUACAAGGGGAUGGGGAGUCACGCCGUGGACUGGAUACCGGGGAGAGACGAACUGGUUGGCUUAAACUCCUCCCCUCCUCUGUCUCUGGAUGUUCAGGUGACGGUGUUGGUGGACGGCUGUGCCACGCCCCCCAACUACCUGGUGGGCGUGGUGAGGCAGGCAGUGGGUACGUGGCCUGGUGUGGGCGUGGUGGUGGGCGUGGCAGAGGCGCAGCGAGCGGAGGUGGAGGAUGUGAGUGGCCUGCCUGGCGUGCAGCUCAUCACGGUGUUGUGUGGAAUCGGGGAGAGAGGAGCUUUGCCUGACCUCAUCGGUGCCACCGCCACGCCCUACGCCCUCGUGUUGUCAGGCGUGUCAGCAGUCACGCGCGAUCUGGAUCUCUCACGACUACUCUCAGUUGCUGUGGGCCUUCGUGAUCGGGACGUGGGUGUGGUGGGCGGCGCCGAGCGCGGGCGUGACGGUGCCGCGGACUACACGUGCACGUCCUUGUCAGUGCGCAACCACGUGAUUGAGGCCAGGGAGGGAUACAGGUACUCCGCGGCGGCGUGCGUGUACUGCGACGUGACCAGCGGCUCCUUCCUGGCGCCCGUGGCGGUGCUGCGGGAGGUGGCCCCUGACCCUGCGUUGCCCCGCGCGGCCCAGGCAUUGGACUGGGCGCUAAGGCUGCAGCAUGCGGGCGUGCUGACGCUCACCUGCCCCGACGUGAUGUUCCACGUGACUCGCGAGGUGCGCGGAAGGGCACCGGCUGCGGCCAAGCGCCAGGCCUCAGAAGACAAGGUGUGCAGCACGCCGGAGGAGCGCAAGGCAGCACGCGCCGCGGCGUGGCAGGCGCGGCGGCAAUAUCGGAAGUUGGCUCAGAAGUGGGAGGUGUCUGCCGUGGUGCUGAACAACGGCACGCGGCUGGAGUACUCCUGCCGCGAGGUAGGCAUCGACUGUUCGCCGCGGCAACGCACCCGCUACUACAGCCUGCCACCUUGCUGCCUGGCGCUGAAGGGUCGCAUGUUGGCCGCUAUGGACCUGGUGUCGCGCGAGGAACACAUCCCCUACAACAUCAACGCGGGAACACUGCUGGGCGCCCUCAAGUUCCACGGGCCGCUGCCCUGGGACUUUGACGAGGAUGUGCUCACCGAGUACAGCGGCGUCAAUGCCUUCAUGCGGCACAUGCUGCGUCUCCGCCGCCUGGGACUGUCCCUGCACAACCGUAAUCCCACCGAUAAGAAGAGCGACGCCACCACAUCCACCACCAGCACCAGUCACGCUAGCGGCUCAGGCUCCAGCGACAACAAAAAGAACAAAAACAGCAACAGCAACAAGAACAAGAACAAGAACAAGAACAACAACAGUGGCAAGGUGACUUACGCGGUGGGCACUGGUGCUGGAGGCUUCUCAAUGGAUGUGUGGCCGUGGGCCCACCUCCCCACCCGCGCCAGCCUCACCGCCCUGGCCGCCCUGCCUGACCACCUACCCUGCCUCAUGCAUGCCCACGAGCCUACAGCCAUUAGGGAGGCGCGAGCGCAUCCGCAAAACGCGUCUUCCUGCCAUCUGGCUUCGUUAAUCCGCGUGGGAGGAGUGUGGGCGCCUGCAAGCUGGAACCCGGGGCGUGCAGCGCUGUACAAAUACGGCGACGGUCUGUACCGGCACGAGGCGCACUGGCGUUGGUGGAAGGGCGGGGACUGGAGCCCCUGCCCCAGGCCUGGCCACCACGCCUGCCUCGACCUCCACCCUCUCGACGGCUCGCUCCCCUUCCUCUGAGUACCCCGCAUCCCGUCGCAAGGAGUGUGCUCUCUCUCUCUCUCUCUCUCUCUCUCUCUCUCUCUCUCUCUCUCUCUCUCUCUCUCUC